CCUCUGCCUGGCUCGGGAUUUCUUGUGCUAACAUUUUGCUUGAAAACAAUGAGUUUAAAGAACACAGCAACUGUCAAUCUGUGCGGCAGCAGGGUAGCAACAAUUCCAGUGUUCGGGUUGCCCUGGAAGAAAUGAAUGUGCGUGUUGAAUUUUAGGGCCAAGGUGGUGGCUGUGGAGCGGCUGCGGGGGCGGCUGGCACAGGAGGUUGAGGUGGUGCAGACAGAGGAGGCCAGUCUAGCUGAGUAUCGUGCAGAGAUGGAACUGCUGCUGCAAGAAAAGAUGGCCCAUGUAGAGGAACUGCGCCAGAUUCAUGCUGACAUUAAUGCGAUGGAAAGCAUCAUCAAGUCAGCAGAAGACCUACGGAACAAGAGUCUUGAACAUGCCCGACGCCUCUAUGACGAGUAUCACCCCCUAAAGCAGGAGGUGAGUCGUCUGGCAGCACAGCAGCUUGGACAUGACCUCAAUCUGCCCAACCUUGCUGCAGAAGAUGACCCAGUCCCACCAGACUUCUUUGAGAAAGCGGGAGUGGAAUGGAGCAUGGAACAUGAUGACCUGCGUGGUGGUGGCCUGAGCCUGCCGUCGCUUGGGGCAAUGAGUGCUCCUCCAUCAUUCCUGUCACCUCAGGCCCCUCUGCCUGCCCCACUCAGAACGACCCCACACAAGGCUGAUCAAAGGCCGUUACCUCCUCCUCCAGGACCUCCUACCCCAUCAUUUAGGCAACAGCCACCGCCAAUGAAGUCAUGUCUCAGUUGUCAUCAACAAAUUCAUCGGAAUGCACCAAUCUGUCCACUGUGCAAGGCCAAAUCUCGCUCCCGUAACCCCAAGAAACCCAAAAAGAAAGAUUAAUCAUUUGGUCAGAAGUGCAAGAGAUGUUGCAUCACACAAGGGGCAAAGGUGUAACAGUCUGUUGUGCUGCCAUAUGUUUGGACAGUAACGUAUGUGAGUAUUUUUGCUGAAUCGAGUAAACAUUAAUAAUGAUUUGAAUAAGGUAAAGAAAAGUUUAAAAUGUACUGAAUGUCGUAUUUGUGUAACAUUUUCAUAGUCAUAAUCCCUUCUUAGUUUUCAUCGCUUUCUGUUAAUUUUAAAACGUAUAUUUUGAAAUUUAGGAAAGGUUUCUACAAUAGGAACAAGACACAUCAGUUGAGAAUCAUCCUAAAUUGGUGAAUAAAGUAUUGAAAUGCAGCUAAAACAAGUAAAUUUUUUGUGGAGUGUUGAUGACAGCAUCAGCCUACCUCAUCUGUAAGAUAAUAGUGUUGUAUAGUGUAGUGUAGUGGAAUUUGUAUGUGCAUGUGUGUGUGUGUGUGUGUGUGUGUGUGUGCGCGCGUGCGUGCGUGUGUGUUUACUUGGUAAUAUUUUUCAUGGUUUCAUAGUGUGUGUGUAUAAGUGCACACAAAUUUACAUUUGUUCAUAUUCUCUUGCCUCUGUAACUGCUUUUUUCCUUUCAUUCUUUUCUUCAAUCUAGUUCUUACUUGAGGAGACCAGAACUAUCAUACUCAUUUUCAUUCCGUCUGUCCACUCAUGAAUGCAGAUGUGGCACAUACGCAUUACUAGCUCAUGAUUGGGUGAGAAGCAAUAUGUCCAAAAUCAUUCUUUACUCGCGGUAAAAAUUCAAACUAUUUCUUCAUUAAUUUAAAUAUAUUAUUGAAAAAAUAGCUUGAAUAUAUCACAGGAAGCCUACAAUAUCAGACAUGCUGAUUUUCACCCAUUCACAAGCUAGCAGUGCACAUGUGCCAGAUCUACGCUUGUAAGUGGACACUAACUAAUUAAUGGGGAGCAUACACCAGGAGGCACGUUGCUUCACUCACCUGCAAACUCCACCCCAGGUGGUCAUCCCGGGCAAGCCUCCACGCCUCCACAUAGCUGUUCUUCUCAUUCUAAGCCCCUCCAAGGAUUGAUCAACUUACCCCAGCCAUGAGUUAUAUGGACAACCCUUUGUCUCCUCCACUCAUGGUUUUCUUGUACAGAAACAACCCUAUAAGCAGGAUUAACAUACCUACAUAGAGAGUCCACUGGAGGGUGAUCCCAGACCUGGCUAGACAAGCUUGUGUCUCGUCUGCACCACCCUGUGGUCCCCAGGAAAAGUGUGAGAGUGAUUGAUGGGGCAGGGGUGCUCUCCUUCCCCCCCGCAUAUAUCAAAGGGCUGGAUGCCAUAUACAUAUUCUUAACCCGGUAGCAGCGACGGGCCAGAUUUUUGGCUUUACUGCGUACCAGCAACGGGACAUAUUUUUGGCUUGACGUAAACCCCCCAAAAUAGAGGGUGCAUAAUCUGAUCACAAAUGCGUUGCUAUCUAUUAUAUAAUGAUAUGCGUGAGUGAUGAUUUUUUCUCAUUAAUUCGCUUAGAGGGGCCUUUAAGAAACAUGGUCUCCGCAACUACUGCGUUAAAAUUCACUCUCCCAUAUCCCCACCCACCAAGGAGCACUACAAGUGGAGUCUAAUCAUUGGGCUUAUAAGCCCAACAGCCCUAGGGGUAGCAGAAGAGUAUAUGCAGCCACCACCUGACACAGUGGUUGCUGCUUGGCUCAUGGUCACGCAGACUAGCGAUUGACCUCUCCAAGCUAGGAGAGGCUGCUCAUCUUGGCUGGAAUAAGGGACUAAAGAGGUGUGUUGCUAGCUGCAGCACAUGACUGCGACAUUGCUCAACCUCCAGGACUCAUGUCUCUCAGCUUUACAGGGAUGCCACACACGGCAAGCAUGUAGGAGGACUAUGGUUAAGGGCGUACCAAUUUGUCCUCAGGGUUUAGCACAUUCAAUGAAGGGAAGAAUUAUUCAGGAGGAGGGAAUGAAGGAUACAAUUUGGAGUGGCUGAGUGUGCUGUGCUACUCAUCCAGAUAGGCCUGCCCCUAUCCCAGGUGUGUGUGUGUGUGUGGUGUGGUGUGUGUGUGUGUGUGUGUGUGUGUGUGUGUGUGUGUGUGUGUGUUCUAUUAUACAUGUUUAUCUUGUAGUCUACAAAAUAUUGUGGCAGUUUGCUGAGACAGUUGUGUAACUGUAUUUACAUGUUGCUUGUGUAAAGUGUAUUUAAUUUGUACUCUUAUUGUAAUUGUGAAAAAAACUAAUAUUAAUGUCAAAGACAUCUUUUAUAAUUUCAAAUCCAUGUACAAUGUUAGAUUGCAAUCAAACACAUGUCAGUAAAGUAACUUUUUUAUACUAAAGGUAGCUUAAAAGAGAGAUAAAGGUGAGUUGCAAAAUAAUAUGCAUUUGCAUGUUACCUGCUUCUUUAUUGUUACUGUUUACAACAGUAUCCCAGAAUACUCAAGUAUUCUAAUUGUUCUUGAUGUAUAUAUGCAUUAAAGAGCCUUCCACUUACUGAACAUGUGCAAGAAGUUGAAUAACACUUUAACACGUUU